AUGGCGGCCCAGGACACCACCCGGGUUGUCUCUGUGGAACGACUCAGCCGGGGACCGGGCGACCGAUCUCUGGCGGAGUGGUGGGAGACAGAAUGCAGUAAACAAACCCCCGAAUCCAAGGCUAUCGAAGAAGCCGCCCAUCUGCUCCGCACCAGUGAUACCCCCGUCGCCUUCCCAACCGAGACCGUGUACGGAUUGGGUGCGGAUGCGACCCGCAGCGCCGCCGUACAGGGUAUCUACAAGGCGAAACAACGGCCAUCGGAUAAUCCGCUGAUCAUCCAUGUCGAUUCCCUCGACAUGCUUGAUCGCCUACUCAACACCACCCUGCAGACCAGCCCCAGCGUAGCCAAGAUGCCGCGCAUCUGCGUUCCGCCGAUCUACAAGCCUCUGAUCGAGCGAUUCUGGCCGGGCCCGCUGACGAUCAUCCUCCCCAAUCCAUCUGGAUCUGAGCUGGCUGCAGAGGUGACCUCCAAUCUGACGACGUUUGGUGUGCGCAUGCCUUCUUCUCCGCUGGCACGCCUUCUCAUCCAUGUCACAGACCGCCCGCUUGCCGCGCCGUCGGCCAACGCCUCUACCAAGCCCUCUCCGACGACAGCACAGCAUGUCUACCACGACCUCAAUGGACGGAUCGAUCUGAUCCUGGACGGUGGCCCAUCCGGCCUCGGUGUUGAGAGCACAGUGGUCGAUGGGCUCUGUGAGCCGCCCGCUGUUCUCCGGCCAGGUGGAAUCGGCAUUGAAGAGCUGCGCGAGUGCGCCGGUUGGGAAGACGUGGUUGUCGCAUACCACGACGGCACGUUGGACGUGAAGGAGAUUCCCCGCGCUCCCGGUAUGAAAUACCGACACUACUCGCCCAAAGCACGGGUGGUACUGUUCGAAGCCGGGUCAAGCCCGGCCGGUGUGGAGGCUCACGUCCGCAAAGAUCUACAAGAUACUGCUAUUGGCGCGCAUACUAUCGGCAUUGUGCGCACGCGCAAUUGGGCACAGGGGCUGAAUCUGACGCCAGCCGACGAAUUGGCUGGGACCCUGACUCCCGUGUCUGCAGCCAUCGAUAAUCUGGUCCGUUUCCCUAUUCCCGUCCCCGAGACCGACAGCCCGAGCAGCCGGACCAAGAUGGCGUAUGAUUAUCAUCUCGGCUCGGAUGCGGUCUCUAUUGCACACGGACUGUUUGCUGCCUUGCGCGCCCUGGACGAACUCGACGUCGAUGUCAUCUACGUCGAAGGCGUUUCAGACCGAGACGGCGACUUGGCUGCCGCGGUGAUGAACCGACUCCGCAAAGCCGCGGGGGCGGAAUUAAAAGUAUAG